CGUUCGAUGAGGGCGCAGACGAGCUGGCCAGCGAGCUCGCCACCAAUUUCUCCGGCCUCACCGUCUCCACCGCCGAGGAGGCGGGCGACGCCACGCACAUGCUUCUCUAUCUGAACGCCGACACCUGGUCCGACGAGCGGCUGGCCGAGCAGGUCAAGCAGGCGCGCCAGGAUAGGCUGAAGAUCGUCAUGGCGCACGAGAACGACCUCGACCGCGGCGGCUGUGAGUUCGCCAAGUUUUUUGAGACCACGCCGCAGGAACGCUGCCGAUCAGCGGUCGAUCUUUAUGUCCCGCCCGCUCCAUGCCCCCCUUCCCCGCCGCCGCAGGAGCUCAUCAACGCCGGGCUCUACAACGCCCUCGCCAUUGCCUGCUUCCCCGGCCUGCACCAUGAGGUGUCGCUCGUGCUGCUGGCCAAGGCUCUGGGCGCAACCCCGGUGAGCGCUCGCUCGAGCAUCCGCGACUCGCUUUCGAAUAUCGGGCGCUUCACUACCGUGCCUCGCGGCUCGACGACGUCCGACCCAGUCGUUACCGAGGAGGAUUCGCAGCUGGAGCAGCUGCCAGAGGUGGAGCAGGUGUAGUAAGAGGUGACGAGCAACUUUGCAGUUCGGCUCAAGCGGCAAGGGUUGGACGUGCUCCCCACUUCCAGGAGUGCGCUGUGUUGGCAUAGGGCGUUUUAUGUAACAACUAACAUGCUGAGGCUUCCUCGUAACGACGAGCUAACAUAUUAGAGACGACUCUCUCUCAUCCCCACUGUGAACUAAAACGGGAUCUGUAUUUGCGCAGCUAAAUGUAUAGAGUUUUACAACAAAA